UCGUUUGGGCACAUCUUUCGGGCUAUCCAAUUACUUCACCUAGCGUUUCGCCGCCAUUUUAGAUCCUGGCACUGGCUUCGCACCCUUGUGAAGCCAUUAAGGCCAUCUUGUGUUUGGGCGGUGGUUGCAGUCUCAAACGCCGGAAGUGACCCUGGGAAAGGGGAAGUAAGGCAAAGCUUCAAAAGCUUGGCCUGCAGCCUUUUUAGUCUGACUUUAUACAUCAGAGUAGUAGUGCACCAGUGACCCUGGACAGUAACAAAGCAUAUUAAAGCCAGAACCCACCUCCCGCCACCACCAUAGAUUCCCAGCUCAUGUGGAAAUCAGUAAACUAUGGCAUCUAAGAAAUUUACCAUUAAAUGUGGGAAUUUUGCAGUCCUGGUGGAUCUUCAUGUAUUGUCACAAGGUUCAAACAAAGAUUCCAGUUGGUUUUCUGAACAGAAGAAAGAGGAAGUUUGUUUGCUGUUAAAAGAAACCAUUGAUUCCAGAGUUAAGGACUACGUGGGCAUUUAUAAACAGCACAGGCCAUCAAAUGCAGAAUUCACCAGAUCCAGUCCCUUGUCCUUAAAAGGUUAUGGCUUUCAAAUCACAGCCUAUUUUCUCAAGAGAGGGAUACACCUUCGCUGUAUCCAGAGCUCACAGAAUACUGAACUGCGUAUAUUUCCUGAGAGAUUUGUGGUCUGUGUUAGUCAGCUUGCAUUUGGUCCUGAUGCUUGGUCAAGCCAAAAUGAAAAAUCGGUCAAAAGCGCCAUCCAUGGACUGUCUGGUUAUUUUGCUGAGUGUGCUGAGAGUUCGCCUUCUCCUGGUACAAAGCUCAAGAGAACCGCUCUGAAAGAAAUUGUGAGAAGAACUGAAGCAAAAAGCACUGCCGUGAGCAAAUCACAGAGCGGCAGGAACCUUGUGGGAAGAUCUAGUGAGUCAGUCAUUACUGUAGUACCAAGGAGGAGGGACGCCUCAGCCACUCUUCUGUCAGAAUCCGUGGGUCAAGCACAGGGUGACACACAAGCAGCCAAGAGCCACCAGGAGCUUCCUGUUCAAACGCUGGAAAAUGUUUCUCAGACUCAGCCAGAAGACACUAGCAGCCAGCAACAACCUCAUCCUGGGGAGUGGUUAAAGACAGGGCUUCUAAGCAAGAGCCCUGUGUAUAGCUAUGAGUCAGCAGCACCAGGUCCAAAGCAAAGUCCACGAGCAGCCAAGACACAACAGAAACGCAGGAUCUGUGGCUCUGUGGAAGACUCCGACCACAGCAGCAGAGUUUCUCUUGGAAGUGAUGGAUCAGUCCCCAGGGACCUGACGGUGGACAAGAGCACAGCUGUCGGUGUUUUGCCAGUGCUAGAGUUGUCAGAUCCGGGGUUGCUUUUGAAACAAGAUUUGGCAAAAGCCACAGCUAAAGAAGAGCUCCAUGUUUUGGAAAAUCUCUCCUCCAGACAUCUUAUGACAAACAACCUAGGGCAGGCAGAGCAAACCGGCUCAGCUGCAAUUACCGAAAGAUUAGCUACAGUGCAGGGCGGCCCCAGCAAGAAAAGAAAGAAAUUGCAAAGUUACAGCAGAGGAUGUAGUGGCAAGAAAAACUGAGUGUAUAGUUGCUGGGAUUUGAAAGGAGUUUGGGUAAUUACUUCAAAUAAACAGAUAUUUAGGGGCAGGAAAUAAGUCUCAUCUUCGAAGAGCACUUCCUGCUCUUAGGUUCCAAGCAGCCACAAGGUGACUCAUCACCAUCACGGACUCCAGAUCCAGAAGACCCGACACCCUGUUUGACCUCCAUGGGCGCCAGGCAUGUGUAUGGUCAUACACACAAGCAGUCAAAACACGCAUACAUAUAAAUCUUUUUAUAAAACUGUUUGUGUUGGAAUUAGUCUUCCCAGUCACCUCCUGGAGGCAGUUUUUCUAAUAGGCUUGUUGCUUUCUCAUCAUAUUUAUAACUGUCUCCUGAAAAUAUUGUAUUGACAAAGAGCCCUCCACCUGUCAAGGAGCAUACCAUGAAUAUAGGACCCAUGGAGAAAGCAGUAAUGGCGGCCUUCUCACUCCAUCACUAUGAAGACCUCCUGAUGGGGUACAAAAACA